AUGAGGAUGAAUGCGGUGGGAAGCUCAGAUCCUGACAACAGUCUGAUGAGGAUGGAUGUGGUGGGAAGCUCAGAUCCUGAUAACAGUCUGAUGAGGAUGGAUGUGGUGGGAAGCUCAGAUCCUGACAACAGUCUGAUGAGGAUGGAUGCGGUGGGAAGCUCAGAUCCUGACAACAGUCUGAUGAGGAUGAAUCCGGUGGGAAGCUCAGAUCCUGACAACAGUCUGAUGAGGAUGGAUGUGGUGGGAAGCUCAGAUCCUGACAACAGUCUGAUGAGGAUGGAUGUGGUGGGAAGCUCAGAUCCUGAUAACAGUCUGAAGAGAAUGGAUGAGACAGGAAGCUCAGACCCUGACAACAGUCAAGGUCAUUCUCUCAUAUCCGACUUGACCGAAUCGGAAUGUGACCUCUUCAGAAAUCUAAAACUGUUGGACCAGGACCAGGAAUGGAUGUCGGAUGAAGACAUGGUUCUGCUCAGCAGAACCUCAGGCUCCUCUUCCCAAGCCCUGUCAUCCAUCGUCAGUCUCUGCGACCCCAUGGCUCAGUACCUGAACGAGGAGUUCAAAGCUUUCCUUGAGAAAAGAGGGACCUACAAGGAGCUAGAGAGGGUCGUUUCCAAAGUCCUGCUGAAACUUCUCCAGGCCAGAAAAGCAGACGAGAGCCCACUGUUUAUCAGCCCUAAACCUGAUAACUCUGCCCUCCAUGAUCAGAGGAAGACAUCAACGUUAGACAAGGAGACGAAUGUAUCUCGAUUGAAUGUAACUGCUGCUGAUCCUUCGGCUGUUGACGCCUCUCCAUCACCCACACCCAAAUAUGUUGGGAUCUCUUUGGUCGACGGACUUGACCUGGACCCCUCGACCAAUCAGUGCACAGGAAACAUGAAAGAGAUACCAGAGGAGCAGUCGUCAUCCAUUCUGAGGAUGGAGCAACAGGAGUGUCUGAAUAAGAUUGCCUUUAACACCCAUGCCGGUGUAAAGGCAGAAUACAUUAACCCUGAGCUUGUCAACAAAAAGGCAAGUGUGUGCAUGUGUGCAUGUGUGUGUGAGUAGGGAUUGACAUUCAAACUAGAAUAAUACAUUGAAACAAUAUCCCCCGCCUCUGUUUUGGUAAAACAGCUGAGGGAUGGGCCUGGAGAAAUGUAACCACUUUCAAAUUCAUAGACAGAUCUAUGGAUGCAAGGACUGACCAUCCAUGAUAUCAACAUUAUUCAAUUUUCUGAGGCUAUAUAGUGUUUGUUUACAUUUAUUUUGUUUACAAACAUUGGAGUGAAACAAGCUUCUAUUUUGGGUUGUGAUGGGGACAGUUGAACUCAGCUCAUGAGGCAUUUAUACGUUAUAUAUUCUUCAAGAGUAUAUGGGUCAUUCCAUAUCCAGGAAUUGAGUGCCUUUGCGUCCCUUUGAUAUUUUAAUUACAAAUUGUGCAGAAAUAUUGCAUUUUAAAUGCCUGCUAUAUUAAAUGAAGUGCCAUUUAAUAUAGACCAGAUGGAAAAUUCAAUAAAUCCAAUUUUUUAUAUGAAUAAAGACUUGCUAAAUAGCCAAAAUGCAGCAUUUUAAAAUAUCCAUCCUCUGUGACUUUUAAGAUUUUAACCCACUUAACCCCAACAUUUAUUUAAGUUUUCACUAUCGUUGUAAAGCCCUAGCUUUUAUGUUGCUUUGACAAAGUCAUUUCUGAAAAAUAUUAUUUAUUGCAUGUGAUUAGCGUUUAAUUUUAAGUACAAAACAACCUGUUUUAGGUCAGCCUUGUUACGUGAACUGAACUCUCAUUUUAAUAUUGUGAAACUAUUCCUUUUUGUUUUAUUCUAAAGAAACAUUGAACAUGUAAUAGUCAGAUCAUAGUGUCAAAUCAGGUGUGCUGAAUGUCCUGUGCUUGCAGAAAGUGACAAUUAGGUUAAAUAAACGUUUUGUUUUCCUCACAAGUUACACUACUCAAAAGGCACCUAAUGGGUUGAACAACCCAUCAUUAAUGUAAAUGUCCAGAAAUGGAUGUAGCAACUAAGGUGUCUAGCUUGAAGGGUUGUCCUAAUGCCUGGGGCAAGUGAACUGAGCAGUAGUGCAAGUUGAGCCUGCUCAGAGCCCCAAACCGCAAAGAAUUCCAGUACCCUAAAACUGAUCUUUCUGGUUCCUCCCCAUUGUUCAAGUGAAAGACAGACAAUGGAUGGCAUUUAUGGCAGUUGGGCAAAGUUGAGCUUUCUCUGAGAUAUUUUGAAACUGAUAACCAAAAUAUAAAUAAUUCCAGUAUUUUUCUGGUUCUUCCCCGGUGUGUAAGUGAAAGGCAGGCAAUACUGUAUGUGACAUCUCUGCGUGUUAAUAACUAAUUCACUUUUUCGUGCAAGUGAUCAUUAAAAAUAUAUAUUUUAAAAAGCAUGUGCUUUUCAGACCUAAUGCCAAUCCCUGGUGUGUGUGUGUGUGUGUGUGUGUGUGUGUGUGUGUUGUGUGUGUGUGUGUGUGUGUGUGUGUGUGUGUUUGAGUGUGUGUGUGUGUGUGUGUGUGUGUGUGUGUGUGUGUGUGUGCAGUGUAUUCUAGAAGUGUGUGUGUGUGUGUGUGUGUGUGUGUGUGUGUGUGUGUGUGUGUGUGUGUGUGUGUGUGUGUGUGUGUGUGCAUGCGGUGUAUUCCAGACCCUAAUUUAACACACCUGAUUCUAACUAAUCAGCUGCUCCUUAGAACUGUGAUUGGCUGAAUCGGGUGCUUGUAUAGUGCUGGAGCAAAAGCCGGCACACCCAUUAGCUCUCCAGGAGGACAGUUGGUGACUCCUGAUUUAAACCAGUCUGUGUAGUUAGGCUACCUAAUAGAUCAUGGAUUUCUCCUCCUUAUUUUCACAGAAGCUUGGCCAGAGCCCUCAUCACAGGUACACAGGCCGUCUCCCUCCAGUGAGCAGCGGUUCCCGGGGUUCAGACAUUACCUCUACGUCUCUGAGGGGGAUCCUCCAGGCCGCCGUGUCCAGCCUCAACAGACAGAUCAGGAGGGAGAUAUACCUCUCCCAGAAACUGGGCAUGGUCGUCAUCCCACUCUCUGGGACACGAUAG